ACAAAGAAAGUAAUGGCGUCGGCUGGAGAGUUAAAUGUUUUAUCGUUGAAUGAGGAUGAAAUAUAUGAAAUUGUGUCAAUGUGGAGCGUAGAAGCAUUGAAGGAAUAUCUUAGAAGACGAGAUCUUUCAACAGUAGGAAAGAAAGAAAUGUUAGUGGCCAAGGUUUAUGCAGCUGCAUUAGCCAAUGUCCCAGUAAGUAAAAGUGCCACUGAAAGAGCUGAGGAAAUUAGUAGGACAUAUCAAUCCCUGCUAGUCAUAGGUGAUAUCAGGAUUCCAGACCCAUUCGUGGUGGAUUCUUGGACAGGAGAACCCAAGAGCAUCGAGCUAUGGCCUCCCAUCACAAUAUAUGACAUUUCAGAAUUUUUAAAGGAACAUGAUGUUGCAAUAUCAAAUGCCAAUUUAAGAACACGUCUGUUGAGGGACUAUAAAGAGCAAAAAGCUUAUUCAUAUUUUGCCUCCAACUGGGUGUUUGAAGUGAAACAUUUUAAUGUCCCAAAUUCUUCUAUUAUACUUUUAAGAGCAAAUGUCACUCCUUCUCAAAGGCUAAAUGACCCACCACACCAGGCCUGGAUUGCUAGCAGUGAAGAUGGCAAAAUAUUGAGGGCCUAUUGCACAUGCUUUGCUGGACUGGGACAGGCAUGUAAUCAUGUGGCUGCCAUUUUGUUUAAAGUGGAGUAUGGAUGGAGAACUGGGCUAUCCCAGCCAACUAGCACAUCCAAAGAAUGUGUUUGGCGGGCACCAAAACAGUCGAAGGCCAUCCUGACCCCAAAGCGGAUUCAAGAUAUGGCUUGGAAGUCUCCCUCUAUGGCAAAUAUAGACAGCUCCAAGGUAAUAAACCCAGAGCAUCGGGCAAAGUACCAACCAGAGGUAGAUAUGAGCAAGGGCCAGAGUCUUGAGGAAUUCAUAGAUGUCCUUAAGAUCAUCCAAGAUGAUGCUGUUUUCCUUAAAGAGAGGGAGGAAGGCCACUUUUUGCCUGAAACUAACCAAAGUCUACCCCCACCAUUGGCUGUUGUUGCCAAAAAGUACAGCACAGAGGAAGACUUCAUUGAAAAUCUCCCCAGUUACGACAAGGAUGAAAUAAAAGAUAUAGAAAAGGCAACAAGAGGUCAAGCAAGAAAUUCAGUCUGGUUUGAGCAGAGGGAAGGCUCCUUGACAGCUUCAUGUUUUCAUGAUAUUCACACAAAAAUGGAGUCAUCCAAAAAGACAGAGGUCGAUUUUAACCCCCUCAUAAGUAGAUUACUUUAUGUCAGCCCCCCUUCUGAUUUACCUGCAUUAAAGUAUGGACGUGACAUGGAACCUGUUGCUGCCACAGAAUUUGAGAAGAUGAUGCAUAGUGAAGGGCACAGGGACUUGAAGGUUACAGAAUGUGGUCUCUUUACAAGUGCAAAUUUUAGUUUUUUAAGGGCCUCUCCUGACCGCAUUAUUGAUGAUGCUUGCUGUGGCAAGGGGACUGUAGAAAUUAAAUGCCCAAUCUCUGCAGCACACACAGUCCCCAAUUCAGAUAGUUUAGACUAUUUAGUUAGAUGUGGUGAUAGAGACAUAUUGAAAGAAAAUCACAAGUACCUAACACAGAUUAUUGGUCAGAUGGCAAUAACAGAUUGUCAGUAUUGUGAUUUUUUUGUUUAUUCAAAGUUUGGUUUUUUUAUCAGAGAAUUAGAUGGGAUGAAGUAAAGGCUCAGUGGGUUUCAAUUCUCCAGAAUCUUCGGAAUUUUUAUUUUUUAUACUUUGCACCAGAGUUGAUAUCUAGGCGCAUUUUGAAAAGCAGAAUCGAAUCCAACAAUCAUGACAGGGCAGUAGUUUCUACCAGUACAAAAGUAAAAGCAAAGAAGUCUGUGAAAACAAAAACCAGAAAAACCCCAGUGUACAUAUGUAGAAUUUGCAAGAGUAAAUGUAUAGAAAAUGCUGAAGAUGAAGAAGCAUAUAGCAUAUUGUGUUCAAUGUGUGAUAAGUGGUUUCACUGGACUUGUGUUGGAAUUGACAAGGACUCUGAAGAAGCAAAUGAUGAGGAUGUCCUGUGGUUUUGUCCAAUUUGUUCACAGAUGAAAUAAUUGCACUUUUAUGCUUAAAACUUGUCUUUAUUGAACAUAAAUGUUGACUUUUUCUCAAAUUUUGUUGCAAUAAUGAAAAUACUAUGAUGUAAAUGUCCUACUCAAUAUCAAAUAUAUUGAACAAAAAUGUGGAAAAUGAUAUAUACUGUACAUAGAGCAGGUGCAUUAUUAACAAGAGUAUAUACAAUGCAACCUAUUGUGAAAAUAAAAAAGUAAAUAGAAAGUUGCUAUAAAAUUAACCAGAUAUGCAGUUCAUUAGUGUUAUCAACAUUAGAUAAAUAAGUAUUAUUAUGACAAAAUGCAAUGAACACCUAUUUGGCACAGAUUCAAUUUGAUUUUCCCAGUGUUAAAAUACAUGUUUAGCAGAAAUACUGCAUUGAAUUUUAUGUGGGGUUGUAAUAACAUUCACUUUGGCACAAGUAUCAAGAGCGCAAAUACUGAUUAUAGUAAAUAUAUGUCAAGCAUAAACAGAACAAGUGAGGUUUCAAAUACAACAAGGAAUACAUAAGUUGUAAUUUGUAAUGAUUUUUGUUUCAAAUACUGAGCAUUGUUAAAUUGCACUUAACAAAAAUGUGAAAAAAUAUUACAAAUAUUGAGCAUAAUAAACAUAUAUUGAGCAUAAACAAAAAUAGUGAG